AUGCAUGGGGAGGUCACGCAAGGUGAGGGGGGCAGAUGUAUUGGAGGGGAUGGACAGGUGCCAGAAAAUGGGGUCAGCGACGAGUGGUUUGGCUUGGGGUGGAGUCGCCAGGGGGUUGGACAGGCAGUGAGUUUUCCCAAGAAGAACGCUAAGGGGAGGAUUUGCACCUGGAGUUUUGGGGCCAAGUGGCACCUGGGAAUGACUGAUGCAGAGGGAUUGAAGAGAGGUACGUGGCCUUCUACCUUCUCCAACAUAGAAGAGGUGCAGCAGCAGUUAUCAAGCUCCCCCAGGCGGAUGUUUGUUGCUGCGCAUGAAAUCUUCAAGUCCCAGGGGUCCAGGACCAGGAGCAUGGGCAGCCUGUUUGGGGGCCCUCCCAGAUUGGCGAAGGGCAUCUUGCCCUCAGGCCAACUUCUGGCAGCUGUUUGGAGACCCUUGUUUCCGCACUGA